AUGAACGUCGACAACGAGAGCAGCCCCUCGGGCUCGGCAAACUCGCACCAAGAGGCAUCCCAAAAGGUCAAGAAGAGGCGUCUGCACGGAGCCUGCGAUGUCUGUCGCAAGAGAAAGAUCAAAUGCGAUAGUGCUGCUAUGCCAGGCAAUGUCUGCACCAAUUGUCAAGUCUCAAACAUCCACUGCACACAUGAUAUUCCCCGCCAGCCCAAGAAGAAGGACACACAACAAGCCUACAUUCAAAGCCUCGAGGAAAGGCUCGACAGGAUGGAAAAGUUCUUGCACACGGCCCAUCCUGAGAAGGACAUCGACCACCUCAUCGGCGAGCCUGAAGACGAUGAUGACGACAUGGACACCUCCGCCGCCGUCUCUAUCUCUCCCAACUCGCACCCUAAAUUCCCGUCUCCUUCACUCAGUGGCACCAAGCGGGCCGCGCAAGCACCAUCAGAAGACCCCUCCGAAGCAGAAGACCUCGCACACAUUGCCCUCUCUGAACAUCUGAGCCAACUAUCCAUGGAGGCCGUCGAGGAUCGAUUCUUUGGUCAGUCUAGCGGAUUUAUGUUUGUAAAGCACGCUGUUGCCGUAAAGACUUCUGUCACGGGCAAAGGCGGUCCUGUGAAACCUUCUGGCGAGUACCUCGACGGGGCGUGCUUCAGACGACCGCUAUAUUGGGACAUACGGCCAUGGGAGAAGGAGUUCUCGACGAUCCGCGACCCAGCAUACGUCUUCCCCGACGACGACCUCCUGCAAAGCCUCGUCCAGAUAUAUUUUGAACAAGCCAACACGUUGCUGCCCGUCCUGCACCGGCCGACCUUCAUGCGCUCCCUGGCACGCCGCGAGCACCUCUGGGACCCCUCGUUCGGCAUGACAGUACUGCUCGUCUGUGCCGUCUCCUCGCGAUACUCGGACGAUCCCCGCAUUUUCACACCGGGAGACGAGUCCGGGCUGUCGUCGGGCUGGAAGUAUUUUUGUCAGGUGCCGAUACAUCGAAAUCCGCUGCUGUAUAGGUCAACUAUACAUGAUUUGCAGUAUUAUACGCUUGCGAUCAUUUACCUAUUAGGAACGUCGAUCCCACAUGCUGCAUGGAAUAUUCUGGGGUUAGGGAUACGGUAUGCAUGCGAGAAAGGUGCUCACCGGCGGAAGGGCAACGCGUCGAAACCUACUGCCGAGGACGAGCUACUGAAGCGUGCUUUCUGGUGUCUGAUUAGCAUCGACCGCAUCAUGAGCUCCUUCCUCGGCCGGCCAUGUGCGAUCAACGACGAAGACUUCGACGUCGAGUAUCCCAUCGAGUGCGACGACGAAUAUUGGGAGACCGAGGACCCCGAGCAAGCGUUCAAACAACCCCUAGGCAAACCAUGCAUCAUCACUGCCUUCGUCUGCCACCUCAAGAUGUGUGAGAUCCUCGCAUUCACACUGCGCACGCUGUACUCGACGAAGAAGUCCAAGCUGCUAACAGGCCUGAUUGGGAACGAGUGGGAGUCCAGGAUCGUCGCCGAGUUGGAUUCGUCGAUGAACCAGUGGAAGAAUUCGUUACCCGAAUUUUUACGCUGGACAUCCGACAUGAAAGACCCCGCGUUCUUCCACCAGUCGGUGUGUCUGCACGCGACGUACUACUACGUCCAGAUGCAGAUCCACCGGCCCUUCCUGACCAAGAUAUCCCCGCUCUCCUUUCCCUCGCUCGCGAUGUGCACUAACGCGGCGCGCUCGUGUUGCCACCUCCUUGAGGUAGCAUUGCAGCGGGGGUUGAAGCCGUAUCCUAACAUUAUUAUGGCGGCGUUCGUUUCUGGGAUCGUGAUCCUGUUGAACUUGUGGGGCAGCAAGCGGUCUGGAUUGAUCGACGACCCGGCAAAGGAGAUGGCGAAUGUGCACAAGUGCCUCGACGUGCUCAGGGUAUGUGAGAAGAGAUGGCACAUUGCCGGUCGGGUGGCUGAUAUGUUGGCAGAACUCGCCUCGUUGAGCGACUACGAGACUCGGUACGACGGCGAUGGCGAUACGAAGAGACAACCGGACCAGCAAGCAUUGCGAAACCCAGGCAUCACCUGGCCGUUCGCCGCCAGCCUCUUCCAACCACCCCGCGAGGACAAAGAUAGGCCCGAAACUCCUGUAGCACCCCAAUCCGCUCCUCAUCCCCAAGCCCAGCCUCAAGCCCAAGCCCAGCAACCUACACCCUCCUCCACCCCCUCUUCCAACAACAGCGGUCUCCCCUCCGGCCUGCUCAGCCCCUCACAACUACCUACCUCCUCACCCACAAACGCCCUCGCCUCGCCCUCGCCAUACCAGCUAGACACGCUGGCAUCCAUGCCCGCGAACGACUGGGACCUGAGCAACCUGCUGAUGGUGCAGAUGGGGUACGUGCAGCAGGCGCAGGCGCAAGCGAGCGACCCGGGGCAGCAGUUCUUUGAUAGUAUGAACAUGGCGAUGUUCAUGCCGAUGGAUUUGGGUGGGUCGGGUUCGGGUUCGGGGAUGGGCGCGGGUGUGGGUGUGGGGAUAGGCCCACAAGCACAGCAGGCGCCGCCGAUGCCUCAGCGGAUGCAAAGUCAGGCCCAGCAGAGUCAAGGGCAAGGGCAAGGACAGCAAGGACAAGGGCAGGGACAGAUGCAUCAGCAGAUGCCGGGACAACAUGGCCAGCAGCAGCGAAACACCGCGCCAGGCUUGUUUGGGUAUGGGUUACCGCUGAUGCAGCAGCAGCAGCAACAGCAACCGGCGUUCAUGGGCCAGAUGAGCAGCUUUGGGAUGAACGAGGAGAUGUUCUCGUUGUGGUCGGAUAUUCCUGCUGCGUUUAGUGCGGAAGAGUGGGACGCGUAUGUGGCACAUAUGGGCCAGCAAUCGUAG